AGGAUGCGGACGCGGGCACGGCGGCACUGGAGGAGGCGAGGGCCGCGCAGUUGGGCUCCAGCAUGGAGACCCAGUUGGUUGAGAGCUUCGCCGAGCCGCCGCGGCGCGUGCGAGAGGGCAUCGGCAGCGACGAGCUCGCCGAGCUGCUGCAGCUCCCGAAGGAGCUCCGGGGCCUGAGCCCCGAGGACGCCGAACGGCAGGAGUACGCCGCGUGCGAGGGGCUCAGCCGCGAGCAGCUCGAGGCGCGCGUGGUGGAGCUUUCGCGGGUGCUCGCCGUGGGGAGGCUGCACGGCCGCGCCCUGCUCGAGCAGGCACUGCUCACGCGCCUGGAAGCAGUCGACGCCGCGAGCCUGAAGGAGCCGAGGGCCGAGGAGGCGGUCGCUGCCAGGGCCCCAGCCCUCUCUCCAAUCCCGGUCCCGCCAUCGUUUUCUUCGUCCUUCCUAUCGUCUCCAGACAUGCC